AAUUUUAUACAAUAUUUCAGAUUCCAAUAAAUCUCCUAUUGUGAGAAAUGAAUCUAAAUUAAAUAAAGAUUUGAAGUCUCAGUCUUCCUCUGAAAGAGAAGGUUCAUCUGAAAGGUACCAUAGCAAUCAUGAUAGGAAUGCUAAUGAGGAUGCUGAAAAAAGACUUCCAGUCAUUGAUUGGUCCGAACAUAUAAGUUCUUCAGGGAAAAAAUAUUAUUAUAAUUGUAAAACAGAAGUUUCUCAAUGGGAAAAACCUAAAGAAUUGAUUGAAUGGGAAAGACAUCAAAAUUUAAGCAGGCUUCAGUAUGAUACAACCUCACGUCCCAAAGAUAGGAGUCAUGAACGACUUGGUGGUGCUGGAGGUAGUAAAAAUGCUCAUUCCCAAGAAUCACUAGAUAAUUCGAUUGAUAAUAGUGAUUCUCACUCAUCAAGAACAGAGUCUGCUACUCAUAACAGACUGCAAAACUCUGCUAGCCAUUCCUCUUCAACAAAUUCGUGCCCUAAUGCUCAGGUUUCCCAUUUACCAUCUCCAUCUGAAGUAACACUUGCAAACCUGCCAAAAGUAAUCUCAGAACUUUCGGGAACAAAAGGCUUUCCUGAUCUGAAGGGAUUACCACCUCAAGAAGGUAAAUAAUUUAGAAUGUUUCUC